AUGAUCAGUUUAGCUCGUGAAGGGUUUGGUAGAGAUAAGGGAAGUGGCGAGAAACGAAAAGAUUACCACAAAUCGAUCCAAACAGAUGAACCUACUGCUACUACACUGAUCGCCAACACCUCAGUAGGAAAAAACAAUUGUACUUUCUGUGACCGAUCACAUCCAAGUCAAGACUGUCAGAAAAUAGCAGAAAUGAGUUAUGAGGACAGAAAAUCACGAGUUAUACAAAAGAGAUGCUGUCUUGUUUGCCUCAAAUCUGGUCACAUGGCAAAAAGAUGUCACAGUAAUGUAAGAUGCUUAGUUUUUAAACGGAGGCAUUACACAAUACUUUGCCCGGAUCUACGUAAAGGAAUUAAUUCUUCAUCUAAGGACAAAAUAGCAGGUGAUGAACAGAAAGCAACAGAAAUAUUGUUCACGAAUCGUCCUUCUGAACGUGAAAUAUAUCUCAAAACAAUUACGAUCAGACUACGAAACAGAGACAAGGAAGUCUGUGUUCGUGCACUAAUGGAUGAUGGGUCACAGCGUUCCUAUAUUGAAAAGAGUUUGGCUGAAGAACUGAAACUUUCUCCCACUGGAAGCGAAGUGUUUUCUCAAGGACUGUUUGGUGGGGGAACUUCUCCUGCUUCAGAGCAUAAGAGAUAUAUCGUAACUGUUGAAAGUUUAAAUCGCAAAUAUACGACCUCAAUAUCUCUUCUUGACCAAGCAAAAAUUUGCUCAGAGCUACCAAGGAUACAGGAUAGAAGUUUACUUGCUGACCUAGCUUCUCGAGGAAUAGAAAUAACAGAUGUUGGAAAAGAUACGCCCCCUAUAAGAGUUCUUCUAGGAGCUGAUGUACUUGUAAGAAUUCUGACUGGAAAAAUAGAAGUGUUAAGAUCGGGAGUUUCAGCCAUAGAAUUACUAGGUUGGACAAUUUUAGGUCUAGGAAGAAAAAAGAAAAUGGUUAACUUAGUUGCAUUAAGUUUGCAAAAUAUGGAGUUGCAAAAAGUACUAAGGUCGCAAUUGCAAGAUAAAUUUUCUCGUUUGAAUGAAAUUCAAAAUGAAAUNAACUUUCAUGUAAGAUGCCGUUAA